GAGACAACUGGAAUUGCUGCAAAAGAGAGCGAGGUGGUGAGUGCUGCAGAUGGGGCGGUGGAGUGGAAGACAGUGUGGUGGUGGCAGCAGGAGCUGGUGAGGGUGCUGCUCCCACGGGACAGGAGGCUGCUGCUGGAGGUGACAAACCUCAGGGAGAAGAAAAGGAGAUUGAUAUUUCUCAGGAAAAGGUCAGCAGCAUCCCUUCAGUAGUAAUGGAGCCAGCAUCAAACAAUCAAGGGGAAGGAGAAGAACAUGAUGUCAUCAUUAACGAGUCCAAAGAUGCUGCAGCAGAGAUGGGCACUGACAGUGAAACUUGCCAAGUUGGAAGUGAGCAGAAACCAACUGAAGAAAUCCAGACUGCACCUUCUCAAGAUCAGCCUGCAUCAGCAGGAGGCACAGCUUCUGACAUGCCACUGGGCUUUCUCUUUAAGGUUGAAGUUCUGCAUGAUUUUGAGGCAGCUAACAGUGAUGAGCAUAAUUUAAAACAAGGGGAUAUUGCACUAGUAAUUCCUUCUGAGACCACAGCUGAUCAGGAGGCUGCUUGACAGGCAUUAAGGAAUCUGAGUGGCUUCAGCACAGAGAUGCAAAUGGUUAUAAAGGACUUUUCCCAGAGAACUUCGCACGCCACCUGGAACAGUUCUUCUCACAGGCAUACAGAUGUGGUUUGAAGCUCAGUCAGUGGGUUCUUCACCUCCUUGAAACACAGGAGCCCACUUUUUCUGUAGUUCAGGCUGUUAAUGGUUUACAGAUUGGUUGCUUGUUGAAGCAUAUCAAAAUGAGCACGAGUGCAAGCAGUUAAGCUAGCCAUUUCUGAAGCAGUGCGUGAAAACAAAUCAAAUACAAACAGAAAUGUCCUCAUUUGUUCACAUGCACGUGGCAACAGGUUUGUUUGUGCUUUGCCAGAGCUGUGGUGAUCCUGUGUUAGGUCCUUUCCCAUGAAAUCCAAAGUUAGCCUCCUUGAUAGCAAAACCUGAA